AUGCAGAUCGACGGUGAGCGACGGCCCUCUCAGAGGCUACCCGUCAACCCUCGCCGACACAAAGUAGCUCCAGAGCAGCGCAAACGCGUUGCCAAGGCCUGCAAUGUCCGCCGCAUUAAGUGCUCUGGCGAAAAGCCCUGCGCAUCAUGUGCCUCGGCCAAUCGCGAGUGCAUAUACCCUGCGCCAGUUGAAAAAGUGUCCGUCUCCAAGACAGAGCUUGAAGACCUCAAGAAAAAGGUCGAGCUUUACGAAAAGGCUCUGCAAGAUGCCCUCCCAGACCCCACCAAACGACACGAGCUCCUGCAACACGCCGCUGGCAGCCCUCCUUCGGCCAUCUCGCCAAUACACAGUCCAUUCUCCACCAACAACCACUUUGCCCCGAGCGUCUCCGGCCAGAGCACCGUUAUCAAGUCCGAGCCUAUAGACGACGACCACACGACCGGCCGACUCCUGCAUGACGCCGAUGGCACCGCCCGUUUCCACGGCGAGACCAGCGGCGCCACCUUCCUGGACCAUCUCAAGGAGCUCAUUGGUGCCGUGCUGCCGCUUGCACAUCAUCAACAGCCCGCUCCCCAUGAUGGAAGCGCAUUCUUGUCCACCCUCGGCAAGUGCCACACAGAUGAAUCUCGGCCAUUCGAUGAAAAGGACGUGAACCCGCUACUGCUCCCACCGCCAGAAUCAAUGGUCUCUAUGCUUUCCGAAGUGAGAUACGUUGUCCAAGAUGGCAACGGCUCAUGGCCUAGCGGCGGCAUUUACUGGUUUGGCGACCUCAGCCAGCCACCUCAACCGCCGCUCAUCCCACAGAACCAGGCCUCGUUCGACCUCGACGCAUAUCGAUUAUUAGCAUUCCCGCAUGCUGCCUUUGCCGUCGCCGCGUAUAGUACCGGUCCCUGGCCGCCAGUCAGGGAGUCAGAAGACAUCAAAUUCAGCGACUCAUUCUUUGCGAGAGCCUCGAUGCUGCUACGGAACCCCCUCGAUAUCGGCCGCUGUUCCAUUCAGGAUGUCUCGGCCUUUGCACUCAUGGCGUAUCACCUUGUCGAGGUCUGCAAACGCGACUCUGCCUACAUGCACAUCGCCGCCGCAUCUCACCUAUGCAUCAUGCUUGGAGCUCAUCGUGGAUGGGUAGACGAGAGAGGCAAGCGCAUUUUCUGGACAGUCUACAUCCUGGAUAGAUGGCUCAGCUGCCUAAUGGGCCGCCCGCCCGUCAUUGCCGACGACGCUAUACGCAUUCCUCUUCCCUCCGAUGCUGCCGGCAUGCCACCCGCAGCCGGGUUACGCGCCCACGUCGAGCUUUCACGCAUCUCCGGUUACGUCGUUUGCAACACCUAUAGAAUAGCGCCUUGGGAUUCUAUCAACGGCUCCGGCGACUCAUCACAGAGCCCCGGAAAGGUUAUGUGGAUGUUGGAGCAGUGGAAAAGCACUCUGCCCUUACGCCUCCAGCUUUCACCGGACGGCUUAAGCAACGAUCCAGCCUGCGCCAUGCUUCACAUGCGUUAUAAUCAACUCAUCAUUGUCGCUACACGACCGCUUUUCUUCGUCGCAGUCAAGAAGUCCGUUGCAGAGCGCCUUAUGUCCCAAGGCAGCUCAAAGGAGUAUACCCUGCAACUCGCCCAUCUCAGGCUGUGCAUUGAAGCCGCGCGAAACAACAUCAAGCUUGCCCGCCAUUUCAUGACGAUCAACCGCCACCCGAAGCCGCUCCAUGCCAUGCUGCACUAUUGUUUCAGCGCAGCAGUGUGUUUGAUCCUGGAAAGCCUAGUUUACCCGCAGCAAACCGCGUCUCUGGAACAGAAUGCCAGCAGGAGCGCGGACAUUCAAUUCACACUCGAAAUCCUGCAGGGCUGCGAGCCUCUCAACAGCGAUCCGACCGAUAAAUCAUUGACCGAAGCGCUGCACGACCUGCAGAUGCUGGUGGCGAGGCUGACGACACCGGUCCACGUCGAUCCGCAGAUUGGCAACAUCCACCUGCAGGCACUGGGACUGACAAACAGCUUUUCGCAGCCGCCGCCGCCGCCACCGAUGCCGAUUGAAUCAGAACCUGCGCUGUACAAUGAGCUUGUCAACUGGAUGGACGAUGACUGGUUCAUGUAUGAGACGUACAUGGACUAG